UAGAAAACGCCAGGUUGAAUUAUAAGAAAGUAAAAAAUGAAAGUAAAGAAAUCGGCCUGGAAGGGCAAAAUGGUCACGUACACGACACACGAGAUAUAUCCCCCUGGGGCCUCCGGGCCAUAACAGAAUCCAUUUGGUUUCCCGCCAGUAGUUAGUUAACCAGCUAGCAUUCGCGAUCUGAGUACAACAGUCUAUGUAAACAAACUCUGAGCCAAAACAACACAUAUUCCCAAAUUAUUUCUCUCUCUAAAACGAAAAUGACGAUCAGUACUACUCUUCACCAGAUUCUUCUACUCAUUUCCCUCCUCCUCCUUUCCAUCUUCAUGAUCUCCGCCGCCGCCGCCGCCGCCGCCGCCGCCGCCUAUUCCUUCGCUCCUUCCUUUCCGCCCUCUGUUCAUGAGGUAGACCACCUUACCGCUUACCCAGCUACACUCUUCGCUUCCAUCCUGGCCUCUUUAGGCUUUCAGGAGCUUUCCUCCGCCGCCAUUAACGCCAACCUCUCCACCACCACUCCGGUCACCAUCUUCGCACCCUCCGAUUCCUCCCUCCUCACCUGUCCUUCUUGCUCUGUUCCGCUCCUCCUCCAGGAACACGCCGUCCCCGGCCUCUAUUCCCUCGAUUACCUCCGCAAAUUAGCCUUCGGUACUAAGAUCGAAACCCUAUCCCCCGAUUACUGCCUCACCGUCACCAAUUCCGCCGGUCAAAACGACUCUUCCAAGUCCGUCUUCGUCAACGGCGUCGAGAUCUCGCACCCGGACAUGUUCUACAACGGCGCCGUCAUGGUUCACGGACUCCAAGGCUUCGUCUCCCACCUCUCUCCCCUCUCUUGCAACGUCGAGCGGCUGACGUCCCUCUCCUUCCCUCAGCCGUGGCUGUUCAAGGCGCCAACGUCCUCCGUCAUGCGCCUCAUGCUCAAGGACGCCAUAAUCCGGCUCCGAUUCAGCGGCUACAGCAUCGUCUCCCUCGCGCUCAAGGUGAAAUUCGCGGAGCUGUCUCAACUCAAAGCCAUGACGGUGUUUGCCUUGGAUGACGUCGCCAUCUUCUCCGGCGCCGGUCAGGCUUACCUUCACCAUUUCAGGUUCCACGUGGUUCCGAACAGGAGGCUGACGGCGGCGGUUCUGGUGAGCCUGCAGCCCGCCACCGUGUUGCCGACCAUGGAAAUUGGGCAGAAUCUGGUGGUUACAACCGCCGGGGGCGGCGGUCCGUUAGCUCCGAUGAAGAUCAAUUACGUGAAGGUUACCACCUUGAAUUUGCUUCACAACAGCCGAAUUGUGGUUCACGCGGUGUCGACGGCGCUCCCCCACAUGCACCAUCAUCUUUCUGGAAAAGAGGAUCCCGAGGCAGAGUACAACUACGAUUACUAUCACGUCAACGGCGAUGGCUCUGCUCCGCCUCCGACGUGUGACCUGGCACUGGGUGGUGGAAUGUGUGAAGUGGAAGCACCUGCGCCAGGUGGCAUUAAUUCGGUGGCUGAUAAUGUUUUUCAUUUGGGCGAUUCAGUUGGUCUUUGAUUGAAUUUCAAUUGCUCUGUUAAUCAAUUACACUGAGUACAAUCCCCUGUGUUAACUGUUGAAUCUGAGAGUCCCCAGUAAUGAAUUACGGACUGCAUAUCUUAUUUUGCCAUUUGAUUUUGAUUCAAUUCUGUGAUCCUAAUUGAACAUUUUGCCUCCUUCAUUGUUAACUUGGUUUCUUCUUUUUUUUUUUUUUGGUGUUAUGUUAUUGAUUCUGUUGUUGAUUUGGUCAUUUAAUCGACGAUCUAUUCCAC